GCUUGACGGUGCGUAGGAGGCAUCCUCUUCGUCCUCGUCAUCAUACACUUCCCCAAAGAACGUGCCAUGGUAUGGUGGGGGGACGUAGUUAACGCGUUGGAAGUACGCGUUCAUGGCGUUCCCUUGGCAUUGGACAGCCUCGUCGAGCCGCUCAAGGUAGCCAUCCAUCCCGUCAACUUUGAAGUGAAGCCGAUUCAGGAAGUCGGCGAUGGAGGAAAGGUUGGCCCGGGCCUAGGGUUCUGCUGGGCCAGCGGCAGUGGCAAUGCGGCGUGGUGCGACAGUGGCAGGCACGGCGUUGUUCGACCGCUUGGUGAAGGUUUGGGCGCUGAUCGUCCAAAGCUUCGUGGCCUUAGUGAGCGGGCCAACAAUGGUGGUUACCUUAAACCGUUCAAGGAUGUCCAUCAGAAAGAACGGAUACGGGAGGAAGUGAUCGUGGGUGGUAGACGCGGCGAUCUUCAUGUUGAUCAUGACAAACUUCGCCCAAUUGAUCGGGGCCGAGUGCAUGAUCGCGUGUAGGAGCUUGAGAUCCUCGCCAGACAUUAUCGUGUGCCCGUUGGUGGUCCUAAAGUGGUGAGAUACAAAGUCUAGAGGGGGGUGAAUAGACUUUGUUUCAAUUUAAAAACUUUUUCGUUUCUUUUGAAAACGUGAAAAUGAGUGUUAAUCUAGAGUUCUUGUGAACCUUAGAUUGUGUGCGGAAGUUGGUGGGUAAAUAGAGGAGUAAUCAAUAUGGAUGGGUUAG